CGUGCGUAGUGGCAUCAACAUGUACUUUGCUCCGCUCAUUCCAAGACGACAAAACACCAAAGAAUUGUGAACAAACCGCGAGUCUAAUCGAAAAAUCUCCUCGUUUUGGUCAUAAGAUACACUGUGACAAAGUGCUGUUUGAAAUUCCUCACUUCGACUGAUGCAUGGUUUAAGAGCAAUGUCAAACUCAUUCUCUAAGUCAAUUCACUGCAGACUUCACGUGUGUCUGAGCAUCAUACUUGGAGAGAAGCUUAUGUCAACGGUCCUGCGCUUCUCCCGAUCUUGGCAUGGGACAUGACGCAUAUAGACUAUCACUGUCUCCUGCCAUGCAUCUCCUUCCCCUCUGAUCUUCACACUCUCUUUUCCGAUCUGUUUGCUCUCAGAAGUGCUUCCAACAAUUCAGUUGAUCUCGUUUCAAUUUGGACUUAAAGUCUUGCCUGACGCCUUCACUCAAAAUUUUGCCAGACGCUGAGAUGCAUACAAAUGCAGUUUUCUCCUCAGCUUGGCAGAAAAGCAUGGAAAAACAACUCCUCGUUUUCAAUCUACAGGAUAUAUUUUCUUUCCUGUUUUAAUUGAACACGGGGAGUUGUUCGUCCCCAAUUGCCUGGAGGACGAGGUCUUUUGGUCAUAUAGCAACCUGCGGAUCUGCUUACGUGGUUUAUAAUUCGUCACCACCCAGGACACUCCAGGUUUCCAGAAUCCUUCGACCUCUUAACCAGCAGUUUGCGGUGGGUCUUCAGUACAACACACUGCUGAUCCUCUGGGACAAGGCGGGAGGGUGAGUUUGAUGGCCGGCUGAGAGGAAGUGGAGGACGAUGCAGCGGCAGACGAAGAACCUCGGGCUUCGGCGGAGGAUGGUGCUGCCGCCGCUGAUGCAGAUGUUGCGCCGAGGAUGUAACAUGCAUCCUCCUGGAGCUCCUUCAGGGCCAUUUCUACGACAUCCGGCGCGAUGCCCUGCUCCACGGCCUCGGCUUUGUACUUCUUGGAGAUAACUUCAUCGUUGAUCUUCUCCUCCCACUUGCUUUUCUUGCGAAUUGCUCUUAUGAGGCUUUCGACGGGCCACUUGGGAGUCCAUCGCUCUUGCGCCUUCACAGCAGCAUCGACAUCUCUGAGUGAAGGCAGCGAAGAAAGCAAUAAUAAGAAUUGAUUGUAUCCUAAGCAUGUCAGUGGUAAGCAAGUGGGAAGGAAUUUCUACGAGCAUUGAUUCGUUACAGGGUGGAGGCUGCUGCUGCUGCUUCAUGGCAAGUAUAUUGCAGAUCAAUGUUGGGUCCAUGGAGGAAGAUAAUUUCAGAGCUGCAGAGCACUCCCCAUCAAUGUGAAUUACUAGCGAGGUACAUACUUCAAAUUUUCCAGAGAUAUUUUCAGUCUCCCCUGGAAAGGCAUGGUGUAUCAAACUAAGUACGCACUCCCGUGAACCGUCAUCAAAAGCCUAGAUCGGCUUGCAGAAUAAUCCACGUCGCCGGAAGGUCGGUUUCAUUAGAAGUUGAAGGUGAGUGAGACUGGACGCAUGGAGCUCAAAUUGGGAAUUAAGGGCCAGCUUUUUCUCGCCACCUUCGACAAUUUAGAGCCUGGACGUACUGUGGGUGAGUUUCGAGCUUGGCAUGAGCAAGAGAUGGUGAAGGAUGGCUGCGGUGUAAGAGCGCAAGGAAGCUGAUGAGGAUCACGGGGAUACGAGGUGUCUAAAGGGGAAUUGCGAAGAGAGGAACCGAAUAAUUAGAAUGCGCUGAAGCAGCAAAGCCUGCCAGUUAAGAGCAACAUCGACGCCUGACCAACUGCACUGAACGCAGCGCAGUAUGUGAUUCAAUCCCGCAUGCCUAACUGAUGGAAGAUUUAAUUUAUCCUCUUCCACUCGCACAAAGACGUACCUGUAUAUUUCUGCCUGGAAGCAGACUAGCCUCAUCGACUUUCUGGUCGCCACUCUCACCUCCUCCAACUGGAUCCAUGUCUGAUUCUACACCAACUCUGACGAAUGAUAUGAGUCUACACACAGAGAUACAUCAACUGUCCUGAAAACACACACGCCUGUAAACUUGCCAGCGGCGAUGUGAGGGCAACAAAAGAGGCAGAGAGAUCUAGAACCGCCACAUGAGUUUCUACUUGCCCUCCGGAAAUGGGGAUCGGAUGGAGAACAAAACAUUCAGUUUCUUUAUCCUCUAGUAGCCUUGGCUUUCAUCAUCUGAAGUUCAAGAUGAGAUGCAUUUCUAAUUCAUUAGGAACUUUUUGCAUGAAGUUAAUCAUCCCCGGCAGGUGAAAUGUAAUGAUUUCAACGUGAAGGAAUAUAAUGGUCAUACUUUAA